AUGUCUCUGGAACAUGGUUUUCCGUUGUUUCGAUCACCUUUGUUGAGCUUUGAGGCAUUUGUUUGGGAUGUUCUGUUGGUUGGAAUCAUUGCCUUGUGGCUUUCUCCAGGGGGGCUUGCAUGGGCUCGUUUCAGGUCCAAGGUGAGUUUUGCAAUCCCCGGUCCACUUGGAUUACCAUUCAUCGGGUUACUUACUGUGUUCACUGGCUCUACUCCUCACCGAGUCCUCGCUAAACUUGCUAAAACACUUAACGCAGUAAAGUUGAUGGCUUUCUCGGUGGGAUUCACUCGGUUUAUCAUUUCCAGUGACCCUGAAACUGCAAGAGAUAUUCUCAACAACUCAGCUUUUGCUGAUAGGCCAGUGAAGGAGUCAGCCUAUGAGCUUUUGUUUCACAGGGCAAUGGGUUUUGCUCCUUAUGGUGAGUAUUGGAGGAAUUUGAGGCGAAUCUCAGCUACCCAUUUAUUUAGUCCUAAGAGAAUUUCUGGCUUUGAAGGAUUAAGGCGUGAGAUUGGUGUGAAGAUGGUGGACCAGAUAAAGGAUUUGAUGGAUUCAGAAGGCAAGGUUUUGAUCAGAAAGGUUUUUCAUUUCGGUUCGUUGAACAAUGUGAUGGUGACUGUAUUUGGUAGAAGUUAUGACUUUGGGAAGAGUGGAGAAGGGUUCGAACUUGAAGAGCUUGUGAGUGAAGGGUACGAGUUGUUGGGGAUAUUCAAUUGGAGUGAUCAUUUUCCUCUUUUAGGCUGGCUUGAUUUGCAAGGAGUAAGGAAAAAAUGUAGGAAUUUGGUUUCAAAGGUUAAUGUGUUUGUCGGAAAAAUCAUAAAAGAUCAUAGGCUGAAAAGGCUUGAUGGGGGUUUGAAAGAUGAUGAUAGUGAAGUUGGGGACUUUGUUGAUGUGUUGCUUGAUUUGGAGAAAUAUGAGAAACUCAACGAGUCCGAUAUGAUUGCUGUUUUAUGGGAGAUGAUAUUUAGGGGUACUGAUACUGUGGCAAUAUUGCUAGAAUGGAUUAUAGCCAGAAUGGUUUUGCACCCAGAAAUCCAAUCAAAGGCUCAAGCUGAGAUUGAUGCUGUUGUUAGAAACUCAAAACAGGUGUCUGAUUCUGACAUUGCAAAUCUGCCUUAUGUUUUAGCCAUUAUCAAGGAGACUCUUAGGAUGCAUCCACCAGGUCCUCUUCUCUCAUGGGCUCGUCUUGCCACCCAUGAUGUUCACAUUGGUGAUAAUUUUAUUCCAGCAGGCACAACAGCAAUGGUUAACAUGUGGGCAAUCACUCAUGAUGAAAAAGUUUGGGUGGAACCAACAAAGUUCAAACCAGAGCGUUUCAUGGAAGAAGAUGUGAGCAUUAUGGGUUCUGAUCUUAGGUUGGCUCCUUUUGGUUCUGGUAGGAGGGUUUGCCCUGGGAAAGCCAUGGGUCUGGCCACUGUUCAUCUCUGGUUGGCUCAGUUACUUCAAUAUUUCAAAUGGAUCCCUUAUGAGAAUGGAGAUGUGGACUUGACUGAACAUUUAAAACUUUCUAUGGAGAUGAAAAAUCCUCUGGUUUGUAAGGCAGUUCCUAGGUUUACUUGAACUCUCUUUUAG